CUUUUUGACUUCAACUUGAAGACGGAAUGUGGCUGUAAAAUUUUAAUCUAAAUUUCGUAUCAGAAUAUUCGUAUACCGUUAAACCUUGCAGCUAAGUUGCGUUUAAUAUACAAAAGAAGCAAAACUGAGAAAAAGGAUAACACUAUCACUACUGGAGAGAAUCUCAGCUUGUGUUGCUCUCUUUAGAUUAGGGUUCAGAGUCUCGAGCGAACCCCAAAACCAGUCUGUUGCUAUAGUCAUGGACUCCCCCGCUGUCAAUCACUUGGAUAUCUUCGAUAUUUAUCGCCGAUAUUGUGAAAUCAUGUCUGGAACAUAUGCUGCUGGGAGCGGAGAAGACGACCUGCAGAAAGCGAGAUUCUCAAGAGAGGCAUUGAAUCAGCUUAUGAAGUUCGUGGAGUCAAGUUUGCACAUAAGGCAUGUAUUCGUUUUCAUCCAUGGCAGGCCGGCUAUCUUUGAAGAAGUGUACAAGCUUAUGUUGCGGUUAAAUUUGGAGGCUGACUUCUCCGAGUUCUCGCGUUUCUAUGAUUUUGUCUUCUUCAUUUGCAGAGAAAAUGGACAAAAGAACAUCACCAUAAGCAAAGCUGUUACUGCCUGGAAAUUAGUUUUAGCUAGAAGGUUUCGGCUACUUGACCACUGGUGCAACUUUGUUGAGAAAAAUCAGCGAUACAAUAUAUCCGAGGAUACUUGGCAGCAAGUUUUGGCCUUUAGCCGUUCUGUGCAUGAAAAUCUUGAAGGGUAUGAUCGGGGAGGAGCUUGGCCAGUUUUGAUUGAUGACUUUGUGGAGCACAUGUACAGGAUUGGAGGAGUCGAUACUAUUUCUAACUCAUUCUGUAGCUGUGGCGAUUCAGGAGCCCAGUCAUUUGAGGAUUCUUUCCCUGGACUGAAAGCUUUUCCUGGUUUGAAGAGGAAGUCUUGUGGCAAUUUGCAAAGAGAAGAAGAAUCAUAUGAUGGGUAUCCUGUCAUGGAUGUGAUUGUCAAUUCCAAGAGGAGGCACAUUAAAUUUGGCAACCAAAGUUUUCACUGGACUGACAACCAAUCACAUGGUUGCUUGGAAACGGUUAAACCAAACUACCCCUUAAAUCAUUCUGCAUCUCCAUGCGCUGUUGAAGGUUGCCUGUCCAAGAGUCUUGCCGGACUCUUCUCAAGUCCUUCGCGUUUGCAGUUUGAUGAAGAAAGGAGAGUUUCCUAUACAUAGAAUUUGUGGUGAUCUGGAAGGGGUCUGUUAAUGGUCAUCGGAGUCAUCUCCCUGAGUUCUAUUUCACACGGCUGAUCAGCGGAUAUGAUUGCAAGUAUGCGGACAAGCAUGCGAGUAGCUGCAAGUAUUAGCUUGAAGUGAAGUAGAACCAGGGAUCUAUCAGUUUGUUAUCUAGGGUUAGCAGCAGAGGAGAGUCAGAAACCAGCAUCCUUGGACUUGCACCCAUAGAUCGAUUACCGGCAUUAGACAGUGUCAUUAAGGGAAGUGCGACAUGCGGAUUAGAUAUCUGAACUUCACUAUUAUUAUUAUUAUUGUUCUCCCGGUAUUGCUCGGGAGAAGCGCUGGUGUCAAUUACAGCUAUGUUCUUAGUGCAAGGCUUUGUGCUUUCUUUCAAGUGAUUCA